AUGUCUGAAUAUGAAAUUUUGAAUCGGGCGCUCUCUUUCCAUACCGCAGUCUCAACAUCUUCCUCCUUUGCUCGCACAUCUCAACAUGCUCGCAAUCGUCCCGAGUUGCAGAAAUUUAAUCAAAUUGGAGAAGGCUUACAAGGUGUGAUCUUUGAACAAGUUGGACAGUCACCUGUUCUGAAAAAAGGAAGACCAGGAAAAGAUGUCAAGUCCUCGAACCUUCGACAUGAGUAUGAGAUGCACUGCGCCGUGUCGACGGCAUUUCAACUCUACAGCCAGUUGGCCAACGACAACAUCCACGUUCCCCAGCCACUGGAGUUUAUUUCCAAGUCCGAGGACGACACGUCGAACAAUGGUCUUCUCGCCCAGCCCGAAAACAAGCACUGCCUUGCACGCCUCUACUUGGGAAGAGCUAAUGGACCAAUCAACCAAGGGAAGUUGUCUUUGAGGAACUUUCCCCUCUACCUGAAGUCAAUGGAAGAUCUUCAUAUGGACGUGAACGAAAUCGCAAGUGCCAUGGGCAAGGCAUACGCGAUGAUGCACUGGGGAGCAGCGGUGACAGGGGAUGAUGUGGAGUACGUGCUCGGGACAUCGGCAAUGCAGGCGGAGACACCAGGCGCAUGCCGCAGCGGUCGAUGA